AUGAGUGUUAAUAAUGAGCGACAGCAAAAUUCAGAGCAUAAUAUACUAACUGAUAUACAAAACGGCAUUCGGGAGACAAUCAACAAAGCCAUGAAUCAAAUGGAAGACAUCAAGAAUAAGACCGACAAAACAGUGUUCACUAUUAACACAUUGGAGGACGAGUUGUCUCAACACAAAUCAAAUCUACAAAACUUAGAGACAAAUCCUGUGAACUUUACAACUAUAUCUCCAACUGAAUUGGACAAAAUUCCAGGUGAUAAUAAUGAGCGACAGCAAAAUUCGGAGCAUAAUAUACUAACCGAUAUACAAAACGGCAUUCGGGAGACAAUCAACAAAGCCAUGGAUCAAAUGGAAGACAUCAAGAAUAAGACCGACAAAACAGUGUUCACUAUUAACACAUUGGAGGACGAGUUGUCUCAACACAAAUCAAAUCUACAAAACUUAGAGACAAAGUUUGAAAACGUAAAG